UCAGCCGCUGGCGACAACGAACGGCCCAAUGACAGCUGGCGGCGCUGCGACGCUGGGACCGGCUGCCCCGGCGCCUGACCAAUAGCGAGCCAGCCACGGCCGCAUAGGGCGACGCUUUCGAACAAAGGCGGAUUUGCACAACCGAAAGACAGUGGGUCACCCGUUCAAGGCUUUCAGCAAGCGACCGCUGUAACCGUGCAAAUUAGGGAUCAUUUACAGCGUUGCGCCCACUAAAUGGCCACGCUGGGGCUGGCUGACAACACGCUAGCAGGCCAGGUCAGCGUGUUCUUUUUUAUUUUCUCUUAGCACUAAGCUAAUACGAAGGCGGCUGGCUCACAAAUUUCCCCGAAAAAAAGGCAGCCUUCUGUCGACACGCCACCCUCUCCUUUCUUUCCAAACUGUCAUUCUCUCUAAACAUCGUACGAGUAGAGUCCCUGGUCGCAGACAUACUGCUGUUUUGCAACCAUGCAUAGACGACUGCUCUGCUUGGUCUUCUCGGCCGUUGCGCUUUUCUUUCUGGCCACCACCUAUCACCUGGCGGGCGAGAAGCUCACACGCCUUGCUGGUCCCUCCUUUUCGCACCCCAAGGCCAAUGCCCCGGUCCCCAGCCCUUCGCCGAAGGAAAACCCUACUGAGACGAGCGAUGCGAAGCACACAGUAGAAAGUUCCGAACCCGAAAGCAAGAAGGAAAAGCCUGCCGAAAACACUGAGAAACCCGCGAAACAAGUGGAAAUCCUAUCAAAGAAGGAUCUUGACACUUACCUCGAUGUUAUCUUCGACCGCAAAAAUUCCGAAUCGAAGCUUGAAGAUCUUCGGCUGGCAUGCCGGCCGAUCAACGAGACCCGCUACAAGGAAUUAAAAGAGUGGAAGCAUGCGGUUGAUCGUCGACCAUGGUACUUUGCUCUCAACCUGUACCAGGUGCAAGAGCUCCUCCCUCAGCUGAUGGGCAGUAUUGUCAGAGCUGCCAGAUAUCUAGGAACCGAAAACUCGGCCCUGUCAAUCGUCGAGGGAAACUCCAAAGAUGCUACUGUGCAGAUUCUUGAAGCCAUGAGAGAGGGCCUCAAAGCAGAAAACAUGCAAUACUACUUCGAAUCUUCUGACCUCUCACCUAAUGCCGAAGGAGCCGAUCGGAUUGACAUUCUCGCAGAGCUGCGCAACAUGGCACUCAAGCCAUUACUACAAGAUCACAAACACUUCUCUGCUAAUUCGACGGCCGUUUUCAUCAACGAUGUUGCCAUAUGCCCAAACGAUAUUUUGGAACUCAUGUGGCAGCGCAUCAAGCUGGGCGCUGUACAAACGUGUGCCAUGGAUUGGAACUACCAUGAUGGCAAACAUCCGGUAUUUUACGAUGUUUGGGUCACCCGAACUAUGCAGGGCGAUUCGUUUUUCCACAUUCCAAAAGAUGGCAGCUGGGAUGACGCAUGGCACAUGUUCCCCAACGAUACCGUCACUGGAAAGCGCUUCUCUGAAUGGCGGCCUUUCCAAGUAUAUUCCUGUUGGAAUGGUGCGACUGCAUUCUCAGCGCUUCCGCUCAUGGAGGGUGUUCGCUUCCGCAAAUUUGCCGGCAAUGAAUGCGUUCAAGGAGAGCCCCAGCUCUUUGGCAAGGACCUAUGGCUUCGAGGAUAUGGACGAAUCGCUGUCGUUCCGACAAUCAACUUGGAUUACAAGAUCGAGAACGCACGCAGAAUCAAGAAGGAUAGGGGUUAUACCGAGGAUCUUAUUAACGAUAAAGACCCCAACGAUGAUCUGAUUGAGUGGCAGACGACGCCUCCAGAGAAAACCCUUUGCCAGGUAGGCUGGCACAAUCAAUUCUGGCAGUCUUGGAACUUGGACUACGAGAACAAGACAGCUUCGGAUUGGUAAUUACAUUGCGUCGGCGUCCAUGUAGUUCUUUUCCCUUUUCCUUUCCUUUCCUUUUUUUUUUUUCAAAAAUUUCCAUUGUAUUUUGUUCUACUUUCUUCAUGUAUAUAUACGAUUUAUUUUCUCCCUCACGGGUUACGCAUGUAUUCAAUCUGUAACAGCUCUGCAAAAUAUGGCAAAUAAUUAGACUGAAAUGGAAUUCCUUUACGAAUAAAUACCC